AUGAGCUUCGGACAUACAUGCACAUGCACCUGUGAGGCGGCGGCUUCCAUUGGGGACCGCAUGUGUCAAGCAGACUUGUCGCGCGCGCCAAUAUAUGAGACUGCGGCUCCCAUUGGGGACCGCAUCUGUCAAGAACGGAUGUCAAGCAACCGACCUGUGAGACGGCUUCCAAUGGGGACCGCUUCUGUGGUGGACAAUUGUCAAGCACCCACCUGUGAGACGGCUCCCAUGGGGGACCGCGCCUGUGCGCCGUCCCACUGGUGCGGUCACCAAUGGGAGCCGCUUCACAGAUGCGGCGGGCCCCAAUGGGAGCCGUAG